AUGGAGUUCAUAUGGGAAGACGGGACUAUACCUAGAAGCAGUGAUUCUUCCUCAGCAAUACAAAAGCGAUCGGUCACAUUAACACUCACACCAGACGAUGUCAGAGCCUGCAAGCUGAAUGAAAUGGUCUGCAUAUCUAUUGACAAGAGAUGGAACUGUUGCUUUGGGAUUUGGUUGGGAUGA